CUGGCGAGCUUCGUCGAAGCUGCGAUGCACACCUCAUCGACGACACUCGUCUUUCCAAGAUUCCGUUGUCGUGCGCAGGAAACGGCAUUCGUCUAAAUCGUAUCCACUCUCAUUCCUACGAUAGCGCAGACGUUGACAAUGGCCGACAUCCAAGCCCUUGAGCAGCGGCUCGAAGGCAUUUCCGUUCAGGAUGAGAAUCAGGAUGCGAAUGCCCAUGGGGCGGCGCACAAAUCAAAGGGCUCGCUCUCACACGCCAUCUCCUUAUCCAACCUGGGCUCUCAAGCAGCUCAGAACCGAAUGAAACUGCCUCUCCAGAAGAUCCCCACGAACGCGCAAAGCAAGACGCUCCAAGCGACAUCUCAAACGACCUCUACGACCACGACCAUCACGAAAAUCACUCUACCCUCGCAAGCAGCCCAACAUCAACAACGCCACAGCGCCGAAAGCCGCGACUCGGAAGCCGAGCCCAUCACCCUCCUCCUCCCCGCCGACACCAAACUCCUCAAACCCAAAAACUUCCACCUAGGCAUGUUUGAGAUCGGCAAGCCGCUCGGCAAAGGCAAGUUCGGGCGUGUGUACCUCGCGCGCGACCGCUCGACAGGCUUCGUGUGCGCCCUCAAAGUGCUGCACAAAUCCGAACUGCAGCAAAACAAAGUGGAAAAGCAGGUGCGGCGCGAAAUCGAAAUCCAAUCCAACCUCGCGCACCCCAACGUGCUGCGCCUGUACGGCCACUUCCACGACACCAAGCGCAUCUUCCUCAUCCUCGAAUUCGCGGGCAAAGGCGAGCUGUACAAACACCUCCGCAAAGCGCAGAAAUUCCCCGAACCGCUGGCCGCACAGUACAUCGCGCAAAUGGCCAGCGCGCUCAAAUACCUGCACAAAAAGCACGUCAUGCACCGCGACAUCAAACCCGAAAACAUCCUGCUGGGCCUGCAUGGGGAGCUGAAAAUCAGCGAUUUCGGGUGGUCGGUGCACGCGCCCAACAACCGGCGCAACACCAUGUGCGGCACGCUCGACUACCUGCCGCCGGAGAUGUUCAAGCAGGGCCCGGAGAACUGGUACACCGAGGCGAUUGACCUGUGGUCGCUGGGCGUGCUGACGUACGAGUUUCUGGUGGGCGAGGCGCCGUUUGAGGAUACGAUGGCCAUGACGCAGCGCCGGAUUGUCAGGGGGGAUAUGACUGUUCCGGCGUUUGUGAGUGCUGAUGCGAAGGAUUUGAUUACGAAGUUGUUGGUGUUGGAUCCGGCGAAGCGGUUGAGUUUGGAGGAGGUGGAGAGUCAUCCGUGGAUUCUGAAGCACUGUGUCAAAGGGGAGCGGGGGACUCAUCAGAAGUCUCUUGGGGACAAGCGAUAGACGGGCAGUGAGAGGAGUGUGGGUGGUUUCAUCAGUUCAUUUUCUUUCAGUCUCUCGAAGCAAAUGGCAUCGGCGGCGGCGAUGGAGUUCAUAGAGUCCAUCAGUCGCACAAGUUUUUCAGU